ACCGAAACUUCGUUGUCAUCGUUAUCAUAUUUAUGGCGGAUAUGGUUGGUAUUGAAGUCUUGUUCUUGUGACGUGAUAAAUUUUUAUGGGCAAGUUAAAUGUUCUUUUACUAUGUCGCUUGGGGGAUUUAUUUUCAUCGUUUUGUUAUGGUGGAAAGUAACCAACUCAAGCGCUUCGGUAUACAACUCUAAACUUGUCGAAAACGACUAUCCAUACAACAUUAAAGAUAAUUCAGCAUCACAUCAGUAUGAUAUUGACGAUCCCGAAUCAUCGAGAAAUGCUAGAGAAAAAUCGUUUCCAGAAAUCAGUCAAACGAAAUUAAAAAAUGAUAAUGUAGAUUACGGUACAUACGAACAAACAUCACGAUAUCAGCAAAGAGAAUAUGAGCGUGGCUAUUCAAGUUGGCUUUUAAGAACUUACGAUGAUUCAAGUGAAGACAAAAACACAUGUAAAACGAAAGAUUGUCAGACUGUGGCAAAUGAGAUCAGAAACAGCAUAGAUAUGUCUGUCCAUCCAUGUGAAGACUUUGAUAAAUUUGCUUGUGGAGGGUGGCGAUCACUAAAUCCGAUUCCAGAAUCUCAAUCCCAAUGGACUCAGUUUACCAAACUUUGGAAACAUGAGGAGACACUUUUGCGAGAUCUCAUCCAACGACAAGAAAAUAGUUCAGCAAAUACAACGUCAUCGUUAAUCUUUGCUUGGUAUACAUCGUGUUUGAAUGAAACCGAACGUAAACGUAAUGGCGACAAAACCUUGCUAAAACUGAUCGCUGAACUUGGCUCGUGUCCAAUCCUUACACGCUCUUCUUGGUGUGCGCAAAAUUGGUCUUUCGUUAAUCGUUUGGUCCAGCUGAAUCAAAUAUCUAUUCAUCCAUUUUUUCUUCUUAUGCCAAGAGAUAAUCUUGUUAACAGUUCUCAAAUAUUGCUGACGCUGAGUCCCUCAAAAUUGUUGCUCGAAUCAGAAAACUUUUAUCUUGGAAAAGGAUCUUAUCAUAGUAGUGUUUUCAAGGCUUACACAAAAUUAAUGAUUGAACUCAUUUUAAAACUUCGAGGCUCACUACGAUUUCAUGACAUUGCCUCGCUCCUCAAUUUUCGAAAUCAAAUUGCAAACAUGCUGAGAUUAGAGAUCUUUAUGGCCAAGAUAUGGAAGAGUACUUCAAAGUUUGUAUACGCUAUCAUCUCUUUGAAUCGAUUGCAGCGAGAAAUUCCGUGGUUUCCAUGGAAAUAUUAUAUUUUACGAUUGUACUCUGGAAUCAAUUUAGCAAAACCAAUAACAGGCGACGAAAUGAUAGCUAUUUACAAACUAGAUGCAAUAAAAAAGAUUGCCUGGCUCCUAAAAUACACACCAAAAUCGGUGAAGUCAAACUUUCUUAUUUGGAAUGCCAUUUUCUCCUUCACCGGAGUUAUUGGUCCUGACUACGAAAAUGUCCGUCAUCAAUUUAUUGUUGCAAUGUACGGAAAUCAGAAACGUAAAGAAAGAUGGCGGGAAUGUGUUUCUUCAACAAGUGCUGCUCUUCCCAUGGCCUUAGGAAAACUAUUCGUGAAAGAAAAAUUUGAUGAAAACAGCCAGAAAGCCGCUGACAGAAUCAUUGAAGGCAUUCGUCAACAGCUGAUUAAAGAUUUCAACGACAUUUCGUGGAUGGAUGAAAUCACCACUAAAAAGGCCAAAGAAAAGGCAGAAGCAAUUGUAAAGAAUAUUGGUUAUCCACAAUACGUUUUGAAUGAGACAUUGCUCAGCAAAAAAUAUGAUGGGAUGUCAUUCAACGGAAUGUUUCUUGUCAACAUAUUACAAAGGCGUAAGAUCAUUUCGCGUAACACUCUAAAGCUAAGAGAAAAAGAGGCUGACAGAAAAAGAUGGUCCAUGUCUCCACAAGAAAUCAAUGCAUACUACAGUCCACAAUAUAACAAAAUAGUCUUCCCCGCUGGAGUGUUGCAGCCGCCAUUUUGGCAAGCUUCUUUCCCAAUGUCCAUGCAAUUUGGUGGUUUGGGUUUCAUUGCGGGACAUGAGAUAAGCCAUGGAUUUGAUGUUACGGGAAUGCAUUAUGAUAAAUAUGGAAACUUUAUUGCUUGGGGUACAAAUUCGACGUCUAAAGCUUUCAUGGAAAAAUCAACAUGUUUGAGCAAACAGUAUUCAAACUACACCAUUUUUGGUAAACAUAUCAAUGGGAUUAAGACAUUGAGUGAAAACAUUGCUGAUAACGGAGGAAUACGAUUGGCUUAUAAGGCAUACGAAGAAUGGAAAAAUAAAACUGGCCUCCGAGACACACUUCUGCCUGGUCUUCGGUUCACUUCUGAUCAGUUAUUCUUUUUGAAAGGUGCUCAGAUUUGGUGUGCAAACGUUCGUAAGAAAUCUACUCUGAAUAUGAUCGACAUUGAUCCUCAUACUCCAAAAAUAUUCAGAAUUAUUGGACCGUUUUCAAAUUUCGAAAAGUUUUCAGAGGCUUUCAAUUGCUCUUUGGGAAGUAGAAUGAAUCCUGAAAAAAAGUGUCGCGUUUGGUAGAAAAUGCUGUUGAACAACGAUCGACUGCAAUCAACGAAAGAAUCUUAUGUUAUUUAUGAAAUUAUUUUAAUGUGCAUAGAAUAUAAGAAUUUUCAAUGAAAAAAUA